AUACGGAAAAGUACAAGAGAAUAUCUCGCCCUCUAUCGUAAUACUGUUGCUCUCUCCUGUCAUCCCAUGCAAGAGUUUCCUAAAAAAUCAAAUAAAUAUACAGUAGGCCCUAUCUGCUGCUUUAACUAUCUCAAAGUUUGCAUUUCACCAUGGCUGACCUUCUAGGUAGUAUUUUAAAUUCAAUGGAAAAACCACCAUCAGUUGGUGAAAAGGAAAAGAAGCUCGCUAAAGAAAGAAAAGCAAAAUUUGAGAAGAUGAAAGAAGAAGAUCGUAAAAGAAAAAAUGCAUUUAGAGAGAAAAUUGAAGAAAAAAUAAAUACUUUUAUCAAUGAUAGUAAACAGACAAGAUUAAAACUGGAACACAUGGAGAAAAUAAGUCGAAGCAUUGUUCACGAUAUUGCAGAUGUUGCGGGUUUGACAUCUUUUUCAUUUGGUCUAACGGAUGAUGAAAGAUAUGUUAUGUUAUUCAAGAAGGAAUAUGCGCCUUCAGAUGAAGAGUUAGAAGCUUACAGACGAGGUGAAGAAUGGAGUCCGGAAAUUGCUAAAGAAAAAGCAAGAUUAAAGGCACUUGAAGAAGCUGAAAUGUCCAGCUCCUCCAAGAAGGAACAGUUUGUACCAGCUUCAAAUUACAGAGAUAAAUACAAGAAGCUGAUUGGUGAAGAGAGUGCCAAAGAAGCUGCUCACAAUCUAACACCUAACAAACAAUUUGGUUUUGUUCCAAGUGCAAAUAAAAAAGACAAGCGAUCUGUAGAAGAAACACUAAAUGAGAUCCGAGCAAAGAAGAAGUUGAAACAAACGGCAGUUGACAAUGACAAUGAAGAAACAACAUCAGCAGUCUCAUCGACCACAUCUUGAUGGAGCCCGCUCAAUAACCAAUCACAUUCAGUCUUGAAGAAAUGCCCUGCUGCCAUGAUGCUGAUCUAGUAUGGCGGUGCUCUUAUCUGUGACUGGCCAAAGUGCAGUAUUCACCUACACAUUCUGGCAACACAGUCUCACCUAUAUUUACCACCCUAGUAUUUCGAUCAACUCCAGUAACAUGGCAUCAAAUAAUAAUAGCAGUUUUAAAUUAUUCGGAAGAUUUUAUUAUUCAAAUAAUAUAGUUACAAACUCUAAGGCUAUUGGUUGGAAAAAUGUAAAGAAGCAGUAGCAUUGUGCAAGAGAACUGUAGAUUAACUGGAGAGAAUAGAACUUACAAUGCACUUUAAUUCGGAAUAAAAAUUAGUCAAGUAAAUUAUUCUGGCAUAAUUGGGCAAAGUUUUAUUCUCUAAAUCACUAUAAUAGGUGGUGAAGUCCAAUAUAUCCUCUGCUAGGGUGUGUCUGGGUGUUUAUGAGUAUUACCUUAUAUUUAUGCAAUUUCUACCAUAAUUUUUCAUAUCUUGGAAAACAUAUUACUUUCCAACCUGUUUUUAUUUUGAUUGAAUAACUGAAUAUAAGUGAUUAAGUGGGAUUUUGAUAUUAAUGUUGAAAAGAUAAAUUGGUCCUACAUGUAAUCAUAACCUCAGAUUUCUCAAUUACUACGGAACUUCCGUAGUUGCUAUGGAAAUUUUGCAUAAUUACAGAUUUACCAUAGGCCUAGACCCAUAAAUAAAUACAGUAGGUCUUAAAAUCGAAAACAAAUGACUUUUCCAUCAGCCCUAGACAACUCGUAUUGUAAGAUUACAAAUAAAGUAUUGUGAAAACUAUGAAAAAGUGGCCCGUAAAUCUUCAUCCUGCCCCGUUAGUUUGAAAUUCUACAACGGCCAUUACCCAGUAUCUGUAAUUUAAGCAACCCUUAUUUUAAACUCAAGACAUAUUAUUAGGUACUUUGAAAAUUUUGUAUUUACUACAGAUAUUCAAAAACUUGAUUACUGAAAUGCAUUUCACUAACUUGAGAAGUCUGUAACCUCAUGAAGUAGUUGUUAUACAUUUGCAGGAAGAGACUGGCUAGAUAUUCCAGCAUAUGAAAGAUUAUUAUUAGUCAUAUGUUUGAGAUACAAGAUAUUUAUUGACCUUAAUUUUAUUAUUAAAAUUGGUUUCUUUUGUUUUUAGAUUAAUAAUAUGAAUAUUAAUUGUCUUCAUUGGGAUUUGAACCCAUGACCCUCAGACUACCCCUCAGUAGUGGCUUCAGAAAUUUGCAGACUGGUUGUCCAACAAGCGUUCCAGACCAAGGCAGAGGCAGAUCCAGAGUUUUUCAAGAGAG